AUGGUUCUGCACUUGGCACCCUGGCCCCAUGUCGAUGGUCCGAAGCCUUUCGUUCUGACCGAGCCACGGGCCAUUGUUGAGGUGCAAGGAUGGUUCGCAGGCUGCUUGCUGCUGCCGCUGGCGGCGCGGCUGAUGCACGCAGCGUUCCUGCAUGCCACGAGCAAGAAAGCCGAGGAGAAAGGUGUGACACCGUGGAACCACGACCGGGCUGCAAUGAACUUUGUCAAAGCCAUCGCAAUGGUGGACAUCUUGCUCUUGGUAUGGCCUCUGAGCAUGAACGUCUUGGCCGGCAUGCUCCACUCCAAAGACCUGUCCUGGGUCCUCUUGCACAUGCACUGGAGGCUGUUUCGUUGGGGCCUGGCUGUUCUGUCCUCGGUGCUUAUGUUCGAGCUGCUGCAGCGGCCCCCACGCUUUUGGCGGUUUCUCCAUCAUGGCUCCAUGUUGCUGGUGAUCUGCUUGAUGUGUGGAAUUCCGUGGCUGUCGCUCUACGACCUGCUCCUCUUUUCUGCUGGAAUGAUGCUGCACAUGAGCUUCCUGGCCUUCAAUUGCUUAGAGUUCUUCGCCGUGUCUUGGCACUUCAUGCGCCCCCAUGACUCCCGCGCCCGGCCGCUUCUCAGAGGGUGCGCGGUUGUGGCAGCGCUGGCCAGCGUGCUGGGCCAUGGGAGCGUGGUGCUCUUUUACUUGGCCUCCUUCCAUCUCUUCCAAGCAUGGGCACCGCUCCUGGUUCUGAUCUUCCUCCAGCUUUGCCUCGUCUGCGAGAACGUGCACAACGUCCACUACGUCUGGAACCUUGAGGCGCGCACGCGGACUUCGGAGACCGAGCUGCCGUCUGUUCCAGAGCUGCCUACCAUGUUGGGAAGCCACGGCUUCGCCGAUGGCGGAUUCAGGGACGAGAAGCCACGAACGAGCCUGGCCAUUCCGUGA